CCCCAAUAUUAAAUAUGGCAGUUGAACAACUCUUGCUUGUGAUCUGAACAUGCAUCUUUUUAUCUUCUCAUCAGUUUUGAGCAAAGCUUUGAAUUUGAAAGUUAUUAACGCCUCAAACAGCUUCUUGUCAAAUUAAAUCCAACCAUAUUUAAUGCUUUAAUGAAGCUUUCAAGGCGAUAGAUGCUUAUUAAUAUUAUUAAGUUAUCGUGGUGUAUAGUUUUUGAAUGUCAUUGCAGGAAGCCUUGGAGUUUGCAGUCAUGAUCAAUUCUAAAUAAGUGUAAGAUCUAUUAGCGGUGGAAUCUGCUCUCUUUUCUGAGCCUCUUCAAUAAAAAUUGAAGUUCAUAAUUUUUAAGGUGUAAUAACUUUAAGCUUGCUGGCUCACCGUUUUUGACUUAUUAUUUCUCAAAUUAGUAUCAACAAGAGGCUUAAUAAGUUUCAUGAAAAGUAUGCACUGAAGGCUGGCUACUUCCUUAAGCUUCCACUGGGUCGAAUGAAAUCAGUAUGUGCUGAUAGCCAUAUUUUACAAGGCCAUACAUGGCUAUCUUUGGGAUGUAAGCCUUCUUGACUCGUAAAGAGGAUAGAGUUAUUAUUAAAUUCAUACGAAAUCGGGAUGAACAAAAGAAUCGACAGUUAUAUGAGAAACUAACAAACUGGAUAGGAGAAGAGCUGGCAACUUGAACUGAUCAUGUUUG